AGUUGAUCGUCGGCAGGUGGCAGUGCGACCAGCGGAAAACCAGCGACGACCACAAACAACCUUCUGACCUGGAUGUAAUUAGGCGGAAGUAGGAGGAAGUGAAUUGUUCUUCCGGUGUUGUGAAAACGCGCCGAGUAAAUCACAGUGGGAGGUGAUUUGGAGCUGAUGGGGGACGAAAAGGAAACCUGGAAAGUUAAAACGUUAGACGAGAUCUUACAAGAGAAGAAACGCAGACGAGAGCUGGAAGAGAAGAGUGAACCUAAACGCCUGAAGAACACGGAUGAUCGGGAAUCCAAACGGGACACUCCGGAGGAAGGAGAGCUACGAGACCACAGGAUGGAAAUAACAAUAAGGAAUUCACCCUAUACACGGGAAGACUCGACUGAAGACAGAGGAGAGGAGGACGAGUCUCUGGCCAUCAAACCCCCACAGCAGAUGACAAGAAAAGACAAAUCAUACCACAGAAAAGAGGAGAAGAGGAAGGACAAGAGGAGGCGCAGGAGCCAUUCUGCAGAAGGAGAGCUUGCUAAUCAUGAUCAAGAACUGUUCAAAAUCUCAGCAGGGAAACACAUGCGCACAAAAGACAAAGACAAGGAGCGAGAGGAGCGGGAAGAGGAGAGAAGAAAGAGACAGUGGAAGGAGGACAGCAACAAAGCUCGGCGAGAUUACGAACGUCAGAUGCGGAGGGAUCAAGCCAGAGCUCACUCCCGCCGAGAGAGGGAUCGUCUGGAGCAGCUGGAGCGUCAGCGGGAAAGAGAGCGCAAACUCCGCGAACAGCAGCAGAAAGAGCAGCGAGAGCAGCGCGAGCUGAAGGAGAGAGGGAGGAGAGCGGAGGAGCGCCGGAGAGACACCCGCAGGGACGGGCCUGUGUCUCAUCACAGAGGGGCUCCUGCAGACGAGUACACAGAUAAAGGGCGCUCACGUCACCGCAGCCGCAGCCCAGUUCGCCAGCAGAGAGAGCCCAAAGCGGAGAGCGGCGAACAGCGGAGAGCAGUGCGGGAGGAGAAGACCGAGGAUAAAAACCCCCUGUCUGAGCUUCAAGACAUCAGUGACAGCGAGAGGAAGACCACAACACCAGAGUCAUCAAUAGGCUCUGGGUCUGAGGAUGAAGAAGGUGAGGAGAAUGAUGAAGAAGAGUCCAGCAGUCAGAGUGAGGGAGAUGAAGAGGGCGAGUCAGGAUCAGACUCUGAGGGGUCAGAACACAGCGAAGGUGCCAUGAGUGACGAAGAACAGUCAGAGGAGGAAGAAGAGGACAGAGAGAAUGGAAAUCACAUUCCUCCCAUUCCAGAGUCCCGGUUCGAUCAUGACUCUGAGGUGAGCGCUGAGGAAGAGGAGGAAGAGGGCCCUGAGGAGGUCGGAGACGUCACCCCACAGUCUCCCACUCAUUCAGCCACACCAGAAGAGAACUACAUCCCCGAAUCGCCGCCCAUCUCACCCGUAGAGCUGAAGAAAGAGCUGCCCAAAUACCUACCCGCUUUACAGGGCUGCCGGAGCGUGGAGGAGUUCCAAUGUUUGAACCGCAUUGAAGAAGGCACUUACGGCGUCGUUUACAGAGCCAAAGACAAGAAGACGGAUGAAAUUGUGGCCUUGAAACGACUGAAGAUGGAGAAAGAGAAGGAGGGCUUUCCCAUCACCUCCCUCAGAGAGAUCAACACCAUCCUGAAGGCCCAGCACCCCAACAUUGUCACCGUCCGGGAGAUCGUCGUGGGCAGUAAUAUGGAUAAAAUCUACAUUGUGAUGAAUUAUGUGGAGCAUGAUCUGAAGAGUCUGAUGGAGACCAUGAAACAGCCCUUCCUGCCAGGCGAAGUCAAAACACUGAUGAUUCAGCUGCUGCGAGGUGUCCGUCAUCUUCAUGACAACUGGAUCCUUCAUCGUGACCUGAAGACCUCCAACCUGCUGCUGAGUCACAAAGGCAUUUUAAAGAUCGGAGACUUCGGUUUGGCUCGAGAGUACGGCUCUCCGCUCAAGCCCUACACACCGGUGGUGGUCACGCUGUGGUAUCGCUCACCUGAUCUGCUGCUGGGGGCAAAGGAAUACUCCACAGCUGUGGACAUGUGGUCGGUCGGCUGUAUAUUUGGAGAACUCCUCACGCAGAAACCUUUAUUCCCUGGCAAAUCUGAGAUUGAUCAGAUCAACAAAAUUUUUAAGGACUUGGGCUCUCCCAGUGAGAAGAUCUGGCCGGGAUACAGCGAGCUGCCUGCGGUGAAGAAGAUGACUUUCACAGAAUAUCCCUACAACAACCUGCGCAAGCGCUUCGGAGCGCUGCUGUCCGACCAGGGCUUUGACCUCAUGAACAAAUUUCUGACGUACUGCCCUGCCAAGCGCAUCAGCGCUGAUGAGGCACUUAAACACGAGUAUUUCCGGGAGUCGCCGCUCCCCAUCGAGCCCUCCAUGUUCCCCACCUGGCCGGCCAAGAGCGAACAGCAGCGGGUGAAGAGAGGAACCAGCCCGCGACCGCCCGAGGGAGGACAAGACUUCAGCCAGCUGGGUGAUGAUGAUCUUAAAGAUACUGGUUUUCAUCUGACCACUGCUAACCAGGGCGUCUCCAAAGCCGGUCCAGGAUUCAGCUUGAAGUUCUGAGCUCCAGUGGCCAGCAGGGUUUCUUUGCAUAUGUGUGACGUGACGCUGAGACUGGUUUGAGAACGAGCGUCAGCAGUUCACUGAACCUCACUGGGACACACAGACUCUUGGGAACCGUUUUUCUUCUUACAAGCACCAGGGACCUCCAUGAAGUUCAAGUGCUUUAAAUUCCUCAUGUUCAUCUGAAAUAUCAGUAUAAUGUGGUGGUUUGUUUUGCUUGGUUUUUUUUCUUGCUCUUUUGUCCAAUCUGAAAUCAAGCAGCAGAUCAGCAUUUUUCAGACUUCUUUUUUUUUUUUUUUCUCUUCGUCUGCAAUUGUUAGGAGUAGGAUGUUGAAAACCCAUUUUUGUGACACAUGCAUAUUAAAAAUAAACAGUUUUAAGACAUGUA